AUGCCUGCACCCGGCCCUAAUGCUCCUCUUCAGGAGCGCCUGCUUGCGCUCGCGCAGACCCUCCAGUUUGCUUGGUUCGCUGGCCACGUUACCCUCAUCCUCGCCACGAUCCGAUACAGCUUCUCCUGGCUGCGCAUGAACUACUAUGGUGGCAUGGCCGUCUUUUGCUACCGCACCUCGUUUAUCGCCGCCGCCCUCACCUACGGCAUCGUCGUCUACAAGACCCAAAAGUCCCGCGCGAAGACUGGCACCCAGCUGCCCGGCGGCGUCGUCGGCCUGCUUGGCGAUGAGAACAUCCAGUACCUCCUGAUGGCCCUCGUCUGGCUCAUUGCCCCCCAGUAUCCUCUGGCGCUCGUCCCCUACUCCGUCUAUUCCACCUUCAACGCUGCCACCUACGUCCGCGCCAACCUGCUGCCCGUCAUCAGCCCUGCGCCCCCCGCCGCCGACGGUGCCUCGCCCCGUAAGACGUCUAGCCCGCUCGCUGACCGAAUCGGCGCCUUUGUCAAGGACUACUACGACUCAUCCAUGUCCAUUGUCUCGGGCCUCGAGAUUCUGCUCUGGUUCCGCAUCGUCCUAUCCGCCAUCCUCUUCCAGCGCCGCUCCUGGAUCCUCCUUGGCCUCUAUACUGCCUUCCUCCGUGCCCGCUACGCCCAGAGUACCCACGUCCAGACCUCGUUUGGCCAGCUCGCUGUCCGCAUCGAUUCACUCGUGUCUGCCCAGGGUACCCCUCCCGCCGCCCGCCAGGUCUGGGAGAAUGUCAAGAACUACACCCGUCAGUUUCGCGACGCCACCGAGCUGAGCCGCUACAUUGGCGGUGCCGGCCCCGCCAAGAAGACCUCUUAA